AUGGCACUGGUAAAAGAUGAAGAACUUAUUGGAUUUGGUGAUAAUUCAGCAGAUACUAAUAAUGCUGACAAAAGACCUAAAAAAUCUGGAGGUUUUCAAUGUAUGGGAUUAUCUUUUUCUAUUCUGAAAGGCAUUACGAAAAAGGGUUACAAAGUUCCCACGCCAAUUCAGAGAAAGACAAUACCUCUUGUAGUAGAAGGAAGGGAUGUAGUAGCUAUGGCUAGAACUGGAAGUGGUAAAACAGCUUGUUUCCUUUUGCCGAUGUUUGAAAAGCUGAAAACUCAUUGCACGAAGUCUGGCAUUAGGGCAAUUAUUUUGUCACCAACUAGAGAACUAGCUUUACAGACCCUUAAGUUUUUAAAAGAACUUGGUAAAUUCACUGGCCUACGUUCUAUUGUUCUUUUGGGUGGUGACUCAAUGGAAACUCAGUUCUCUGCUAUCCAUGAAAAGCCUGAUAUUGUUGUCGCUACCCCUGGACGAUUUUUGCACAUUUGUGUUGAAAUGGAUCUGAGCCUAAAGAAUGUUCAAUAUAUCGUGUUUGAUGAAGCAGACAGGUUGUUUGAAAUGGGAUUUGGAGAGCAACUGAAUGAAAUUGUUCAAAGGCUUCCUGAAAAUAGACAGACUCUUCUGUUUUCGGCCACUCUUCCUAAAGUUUUAGUUGAAUUCGCAAGAGCUGGUCUAUCAGAUCCUGUUCUCAUUAGGCUGGAUGUUGAAUCCAAAAUCCCUGAAACUCUCCAAUUAUCUUUUGUGAGCUGCCGUCUUGAAGAAAAACCAGCAGCUUUAUUAUGCCUCAUGAAUCAUGUGAUACCUAAAACGGCUACAACAAUAAUUUUUGCUGCUACUAAACACCAUGUGGAGUAUUUGCAUGCUAUGCUGAGAGAAAAUGGUAUUCCUAAUACCUACAUAUAUUCUGACCUUCAUCCUAGCGCAAGAAAAAUUAAUGUUGCGAAAUUCCAGAAUGCUCAAGUCAAAGUGUUGAUUGUUACUGAUGUAGCUGCCAGGGGGAUUGAUAUUCCUCAUUUAGAUUAUGUAAUCAAUUACAAUUUUCCAGCUAAAGUGAAAUUAUUUGUUCAUCGAGUAGGUCGUUGCGCCAGAGCCGGUCGUGAAGGGCAUGCAAUCUGUUUGGUAAGCGGAGAUGAGUUGUGUUACAUGCUCGAUUUAUUGUUAUUCUUAGGACGUCCUCUUCUUCUGGCUGGAACUGAUUCUGAAAGCAACAAAGAUUCAAAGAAUGUUAGCUUAGGAAGGAUUCCUUUAGAUUAUCUGGAUCCUCAGCUUUCCUCUCUUAAUGCUGCACAUUCUUCUGGUUCAGAACUGGAUAGCUUAAGAAAAGUAAGUGAAAAUGCUUAUAAACGCUACAUACAAUGCAGAAGUGGGGCAUCAAUGGAAAGUGUGAGGCGAGCAAAGGAAGUUUCUCUAUUGCAUAUUGGGGACAGUUCUCUUUUUGAUGGAAAAGAAGUUGCAGGAAAGAGCCAGAUUUUAACUGGAAUCAAGAAUUACCGACCAAAUGGGACAGUGUUUGAGAUUGGAGUUUCAUCAAAUUCUGAAUUGUAUACUGUUAUGAAAGCUACACGUCGAAAGCAUAAAAAUAACAUUGUAUCGUUUCAUCAGAAAGUUCAAGAAAUACUCGAGUCCAAGAAAGCAACUUCUGAAAAACCAGAAAUAAACUUAGAGCAAAGUGGAAAUGAUGAUAUAGCAACAACAUUCAGUCAGGUGAUAUCUGGAAAACGGAAAAGGGAACCUUUUCUUGGAAAUAGUAAGAAACAGUGUACAAUUGACAAAGAAAACUUCAUACCCUAUAAGCCAUCAGACCAGGCUAUUGAAAAGGAGCUUGCAGUUAAUAAUUUCACAAGAGAGGCUAAUGCAGUUGGAGUGGAUCUGACUGGUGAUACUGAAGCUGGUAUGUUAGGAGCAACAAAGCAAAGGAAGGUGUGGGAUAAGAAGAAAAAACGAAUCGUUACAGUUGGAGGUCAGAAGAAAGAGGGAAGAAUUAAGUCAGAGUCAGGUGCAUGGAUUCCUGCAUCCUAUAAAUCUGGACGUUAUGCUGGGUGGUUAGAAAAGACCAAAACACUCUCGAGGAUAGAAGAGGAGCAAGAAGAUGAGGGCCCUGUCCAAAAUAUUAAACGAAAAAUCCCACAUACUCGUUGGGCCAAUCAUAAUUUAAAGGUUGAAAUGAAAAAGAAGUUGGAAUUAAAGAAACCAGAACAAAUAGCUAAGGCCAGAGAACAAUUGGAAAGAAAGCAAAGGCGCCAUGGACGUCACAAAAAAAAAGGAAGAAGAAAACAUUAA